GCGCGUCUCGGUGGCUGGGGGCGGGUUUGGUCGGGCUGAAGAGAGCCGGCGGUUCCUCCCCGGAGCCCCCUCUCCCCCAAAAACUUUACUUGAAGUGAGAGAGGGUGGACGCCAGUUCACCAGUGCGUAAGGAUCCCGACUGUUCCUAAGGCCUGUUUCCUUGUCGUGUUGGGAAUUGACUCCAUUGAGGUGCAUCCUUGUCCGGCUUUCGUUUUUUGGGCAGGCAUUGUAGGGUUUCAUAUACGUUUUUAGGUCGUGUGCAGAACAAUGCGUAGGACGUACAUGUUUGCGGGAUCUUAAUAAAAUGAAUUGCCAGGUUCUCAAGAGUUCCUCCGCCCAUGCCAUCUCUAGCCUGAUUUUUGUGACAGCCACUGUAUUGCUUUCCCCUUUAGGUUUACCGAAUGAGUGUGCAUAUAGUGUAGUUUUCCUUUGAGUUUGAACUUUUAUGAAUGGACCCAUAUUGUGAGUUUUGGCCUUUAAAUACUAUUGUAUUAUCUGCAAAUUCCCUUGAUUGUCUAAGAUUCCAUUGUGUGGAUACAGCCUUAUAUCCAUUCUGCUGUUGAUGUGCACUUUGUUCCAGUGUAGGGUGUCUCAGAACAAUGCUGUGAUAAACAUUCUUCUACCUGGAUCUUAAUGCAAAGGUGUUGGCGUUUUCAAGACACCAAGAAACAAGAUAGAUGCUUUGGAGUCCUAGGAGAAUUGUGGAUUCAAAAGGUGCAGAAAUACCUUUAGCAAUCCUACCUUUGAAUCUCCUCUGCUUGUGACUUCUGUGUGGGUGCCCCUGGAUCUUUGUCAGACUAGAGUUCCUGCAUUCCGUACUAAACUGUUUCUGUAGAAACCUGUGUCACCUUUCAGUGACUACAUCUUGUUGGUUAAAGAGGCUACAGCAGAGUUCAAAAGAUUUCAGGGCUGAGAGAAAUUGCACUGAUAGGUAAUGAACCAGACCAGUGCCAGGAAGGAGCUGCUGGAGUCAGGCUUUGAGAGUGAAGCCAGAGUCCGUCCAGCCACAAGACCUGUAAUGGCCAAACACUACAGUGAAGUCGCCAGUCUGCGACAGGACGACUCGGUUAUAGAGGGAGUGAGCGAUCAAGUGCUUGUGGCUGUGGUGGUCAGCGUUGCUUUGGUGGCUACUCUCCUAUAUGCUCUUUUCAGAAAUGUACAGCAGAACAUUCAUCCAGAAAACCAAGAACUAGUCAGGGUGCUUCGAGAGCAACUUCAAACAGAGCAGGAUGUCCCUGCUCCUCCUCGACAGCAGUUCUACACUGAAAUGUACUGUCCAAUCUGCUUACAUCAGGCCUCCCUUCCUGUUGAAACAAACUGUGGACAUCUUUUUUGUGGUUCCUGCAUAAUUGCAUACUGGCGAUAUGGGUCCUGGCUUGGUGCAAUCAGUUGUCCAAUCUGUAGACAAACGGUAACUCUACUGCUCACAGUCUUUGGUGAAGAUGAUCAGUCUCAGGAUGUUGUAAGACUGCAUCAAGAUGUUAAUGAUUAUAACCGGAGAUUCUCAGGGCAGCCUAGAUCUCUUAUGGAAAGAAUCAUGGAUCUCCCCACCUUGCUGAGACAUGCCUUCAGGGAAGUGUUUUCAGUUGGGGGUCUCUUCUGGAUGUUCCGAAUUAGGAUAAUGCUUUGUUUAAUGGGGGCUUUUUUCUAUCUAAUAUCACCUCUAGAUUUUGUACCUGAAGCCUUGUUUGGAAUUCUGGGCUUUCUAGAUGACUUCUUUGUUAUUUUUUUGUUGCUUAUCUACAUCUCUAUUAUGUAUCGAGAAGUGAUAACCCAAAGACUGACUAGAUGAAAAUUAGUUUACUAGAAUAUCUGCGCUUACAUAAAAAAAUCAGGCAGAAAGAUCCAUGGCAGUAUCCAUCAUCCAAAUACUAUUUUACAAGCUUAAAACAUUUGGUUAUCAUUUGACAAAUGCCUAACAAUAUACAACUGGAAUAUUUACAUCCUGCGGGUUCUAGUGAUAAGAUCAGAUUUACAGUGAUCUACAGUUGUAUCUCAAGUCUGUCUCUGUAAAGUUUGAAACCAAUUGGAAAGGGAUACUUUGUUAUUUUUCCUUUCUGCAAAUUACUUAGCUUAGUUAGGUACAUAGUUCAGUAUUGCUAAAUGUACAAAUCAUCAUCCUCAGUGGAUACCCAUACAAUAAUAGAGAACUUUGAAACUUAUCUAAAUAUUUUUGUUGAAGUCAAAUAUUGUAU